GUGCACAGCGCCGCCGCUCCUGCCAGUGGUCACUCGGUCGUAGCACCGUUCUAUCGGUCAUCCCACGUAGUAAGUAGCCAUGUCGGACAAGCGAAGAGCAGAGAUCGAGGCGAAGAGGGCGAAGCUGGCAGAGCUCCGCAAAGCGAGGGCGGACAGGCAGAAGGCAGACUCUGACCGUCGCACUUCCGAGAUUGCAGGCCCGUCUGUCGUCCGCAGAGACGUCGACGACCUCGUCAGCUCGCUCAUAGGCACCGAUAUCGGGCGGCGCGUGGACAGCAGAGCUGGCUCUCCACCAACCUCGGUCCCAUCUACUCCGUUACUGGCACAGAGCAGAUCGCUAGCGGGCCCAUCCACACUCUCGCCCUCUGGUCGACUCAGCAGACAAAGCGAUGCUGCGUCGGACCGGAUCAGUGUGGGCACGACGUUCGUGCAAUCGUCGACGAACGGCACAACAGACCAUGUCGUAGACCGUGUCAUGACUCCACGCAUAGUGCCAGACCUUAUUGACGUUGAGGAAGAGCUCUUCGAGCUGCCACAGAAGGAGCGUGUUAUAUACAACAAAGAGGUGCAAACGAUGGACAUCGGGACAUCCUCAGAUGAUGAUGACGAAGACGCCCGAGACGCCGUCGCUCAGAAGGAGCGCGAAGCUGAGGAGGCCUUGGAGGCCGCGCGCGAACGCGAGUUAGAAGCGGAGAGCAUCCUUCUCGACAAACAAAUCGAAGAGGAGAUCAGAGAGAUGACAGAGGAAGAGAAGACCAGUAUCUUCGCUGCACCGGAAUUCCUCGACUUCGUUGAGCAGUCAACGAAGAUUAUUCAACGAGCACUUAACGACAAUUAUGACUAUGUCCGCGACUACACUAUUGGCGCCGAGACUGGCGGGGAUGACACGGAAGGUCGGCGUGUGAAGUGUGUUUGUGCAUUCUCGAGCGAGCGAUACGGGAAGAACCGAUCAAUCACGGACGUGGCCUGGUCACCAAAGUUCCCAGAACUCAGCUGCGCGUCCUAUAAUAAGAAUCCUGCCGCGCUAAACGAGCCGGACGGCAUCGUCGCCGUCUGGAACCUUCACCUCCUGGAGCGGCCAGAAUUUGUUUUCCAUUCACAGUCCGACGUCCUCUCAGUAACCUUCUCACCCUUCCAUUCAAAUCUCGUCUUCGGCGGAACGUACUCGGGGCAGAUCCUCCUGUGGGACACACGCUCGAAGCACCUGCCGGUGCUGAAGACGCCGCUGUCUGCGGCGGGGCAUACACAUCCCGUGUAUGCGAUGCAGAUGGUGGGAACACAGAAUGCGCAUAACCUGAUCACGAGCAGUACCGAUGGAACGGUGUGCAGUUGGCUCGUAGACAUGUUGGCCCAGCCACAGGAAACCUUGGAACUCAUACAUGCCGGACACAACAAGACUGGUGAGGUAGCAAUCACCACAUUGGACUUCCCGGACAACGAGACAACGACGUUUUGGGUCGGUACCGAAGAAGGCAACGUGUACCAAGCCAACCGAUACGACCGGGCUGGCGCGAAGGCCGGUCUGAACCAGUACGAUGUUUACAAGGGUCACUCCGGACCUGUCAUGGGGCUGCACUUCCACCCACAGCACGGGCCGGUGGACUUCUCCGACAUGUUUCUCACGUGUUCCGUCGACUGGACGGUCAAGCUAUGGCGUGCCAAAUCGCUCGCGAAGCCAUCGACGGCGGCGAACGUCAUCUCGCCAAUAUAUUCGUUCGAUGAGGCGGACGACUACGUGUACGACGUCAAGUGGCAUCCCUCGCAUCCGGCGCUAUUUGGUGCUGUGGACGGCUCAGGCCGGUUCGAUGUCUGGAAUUUGAACUGGGACACGGAGGUGUCUGCAGUGUCGACGAUAGUUGGCUCUGGGCGCGCGCUGAACAAGAUGCAGUGGGACAGGAAGGAUGGCCGGCGGGCUGCCAUGGGAGGGAGCGACGGGAAGCUGUACAUCUACGACAUCGGAGAUAUGGCGCUCCCCAGGGAGUCGGAGUGGACGGAUUUGCAGCGGACGGUUGCUGGCGUGGUCGGAGGCGGAGCGCAGAACGGGAUCGUCGAGGCUGGGCGGUAGCGGCUACUGCGCGUGCUCGUGUUAUACAUUUGUUAUACAUAGUUGCAUGUGUUGCUCUCGCUGUUUCAAUGGCUAUAGUAUACCCUGAUUCCUGUA